UGUGUGUGAAAACUGUGAAGAGCAACAAGAGAGAGAGGGAGGGAUGUCACUUGAAGCACCCAUCGCCGGGCUGAAGGCCACAACGACCUCAGCUACCAUGUCUCCCUUGUCUCCGACGGGCCAUGUCGGCCUCAGAAUGCCGGCCGAUCGAUUCGCCCUCAGAUCGUCCUUCUUCUCUUCCUCUCUCCAUCUUUUGCUUCCUCCACCUCCUCCUCACCAAACCACCACCUCUGCUGCCCCAAAAUUCUCUAUGCGUGUCGCUUCCAAGCAAGCCUACAUUUGCCGUGACUGCGGGUAUAUUUACAAUGAUCGAACUCCGUUUGAGAAGUUAUCCGAUAGUUACUUCUGCCCAGUUUGCGGGGCUCCAAAGAGAAGAUUCAGGGCUUACGAGCCUGCAGUAGUCAAGAAUGUUAAUGACACGGAUGCCCGCAAAGCCCGGAAAGCACAGCUCAAGAGAGAUGAAGCAAUCGGGCAAGCUUUGCCUAUUGCCAUUGUGGUUGGGAUUGCAGGACUGGCUGGAUUAUACUUUUACCUCAACAAUGCCUUCUAGAUCUCUUCCAAUCCUCAAUUCUACUAGAUUCUAUUCUAUCCUCAUGCUUGCUUGGUUUCUGCUUACCAGA